AUGAGAGGGCUAAAGCAGCAAAAACAUUGGAAUCUUUUGGGCAUUUCACUCUUCACCACGGUCAUCAUGAUUCCGGCGGCUGUACAAUAUGGUAUGCUCUCCUAUAUUUCUUUUACUUCUGAUUAUGACUGGGAAUAUUUCAAAAGUCUCGUCGAACUGCACAUUUACAUUGAUCUUUUGAUUGGUUUUUAUCAACCAUAUCUCCUAUUGAUCACUUCAAAAGAGUUACGAAGAGAAAUGCUCACGAAAUCGCAAAAGUUCUACUCGGCUUUCACUAAAAAACAACGCGUCCAAGUGCAACAGCUAGACUCAGUGAUAUCUUGGCGAUGC